GCGAAACACACACGCACACAUCACCGCACCUCUUCCGUGUGGUGUGUUAUUGCUGCGAACAAAAACCAUUUGUUUCCUACACACAUUCGUACUUCGUGCUCUGGGCAAUAGCAGUAGCUUGCAGCAGCAGAGGGAGCGUUGCGGAAAAUCGAUUGUAUCGCAGCAAAAAAAACGAAACGCACAGGUUUUCCAUCGGAUCGGGAAAAACGCAACGGCUGUCCCGUACUCAUCGCGAAACACCUUCGAAAGUUGUGCGUGCAAUAAGCUUGAUUGUGAUAGCAAACGAAUGCAAAAGCGUAAAGUGUCAUCCAAGCAGCUGCUGCUGAAGUGAAAAUUUCCAUUCUUUCUAUCCACUCCACCCGUGGCGGUGGCACAACAGAGAAGGAAAAGCUUAGAAACAUUUCCUUCUGGAGUACCGUGUGUUGCAAAAAGUGCGUGUUUAUGGGAUAAAUAAUGUGACGUACGGGUUGUGGAAGUUCAUAAUUUGCUUGCCUAAAACUACGCCAUUAGUGCUGUUUCCUCCUUGCGUACAUCGCAAAACACGGAAGCGCGAGUUGGUAGUAGCAAGCAAGAAAAAAAAAGUUUAAAAAUCAGUAACCUGAGAGAAACAACAAGGCUAAGGAUUGAGAAAGAUAGCAGCUUGCAGUAGCAUAAAAGCACAAUAACAACAAUAAUGUAGUGCAAUUUAAUGUAAAAAGUAACAAAAAUACUAAGCACUAUAAAAUCACGUACAAAAAGAGUGUGUGUGUGUGAAAGAGAGAGAGAGCAAGAAGGAGGAAAGCAAGAACAUUCACACACCGUUGUUUCUAUUGAUUUCAUGAGGUGAAUUUGGAGCAGAAAUGUCAAUCGGAAAAUUUUGCACCAAAAGAAAGUGAAGAAAAGUGUUUGUUUUGUAAUUUCUGUCUGAAGCACUUCGUUAUGUGAGACGCCCAUUCGAAGGAGGAUCCUUAAAUGCUAUCAAAUAUAAAAUUAAAUAAAGAAAAAAAAACAAGUGUACAAGUGCUAAUUCCAACAAGAAAAGUGCAGUGUUUCCCUUUAAAUGUUGUGUAGAGUAAUUUAACGAUAGUGAUAUUGACGGAAGUAAGAAUAUUCUGUGCGUUGUUAUUCUUGCCGGAUAAGUUUAUCCCGGUAAUAGGUUUUGUGUUUGUGUGUAUGCGUGUGGCAAAGGAUUGAUUCAUCAUCAUCACGCACUUCGCGAAAGCAGGAGAGGAUUCUACACCAUCCAAACAACACCACCACCAAAAACAACAACAAACGCACGCGUUUUGCAAUAAAGAGAAGAUUUUACGUUUGUGUAGCUCGCGAGCGAUAACCGAUAAUAAAAGUGCAAAAAGUGCAGAUUUUAGCAGAGAUUGUGAAAUUGCGCUGAAUAUAAUCGUAAAAGCAAGUGGAAAGAAACUUCUUCCCAAAGAGUACUUCUUUCUUCCAUUUUGCGUUCAUCACGUUCGCCGGAAAAAUCGUGGAGGGCUGGCGAAACGUAACGACGACGAAGACGCCGGAAAACUUGGUUGGUUUGUAGCGAAAUUGCCAAACCACCCAACAGAAUGGAGCUUGUUGGGAGUUACGAGUACAACAGCAAAGAAAUCAUCGGCCAUGGUGCAUUUGCGGUCGUUUUCAAGGGCCGCCACCGUGAGGCACACUAUCCGGUGGCGAUCAAAAGCAUCACGAAGAAAAGCUUGGCCAAAUCGCAGAGUUUGCUCGGUAAGGAGAUAAAAAUCCUGCAGGAGCUCAGCGCCCUUAAGCAUAAGAAUGUGGUUAAGCUGUUGGCCUGUACCGAGAAGGAUCAAAACGUGUUUCUGGUCAUGGAGUAUUGUAAUGGAGGCGAUCUGGCUGACUAUCUAGCGGUAAAAGGAACACUAAGUGAAGACACCAUUCGAUUGUUCCUCGGUCAACUGGCAAACGCUAUGAAGGCCCUGUACCAAGCUGACGUGGUGCAUCGAGAUUUAAAACCACAGAAUAUUCUUCUUUCUCAUAGCUGUGGAAAAGGUUUACCCUUACCAUCGAAGAUUACGCUCAAGAUAGCCGACUUUGGGUUCGCCCGGUUUCUACAGGAUGGAAAUAUGGCAGCAACCCUGUGCGGUUCUCCAAUGUAUAUGGCUCCUGAAGUGAUCAUGUCGCUGCAGUACGAUGCCAAAGCAGAUCUCUGGUCGCUGGGCACCAUCGUGUUCCAGUGUCUCACCGGGAAAGCACCAUUCCAAGCCCACACGCCCCAGGAGUUGAAAAUGUUCUACGAAAGGAACGGAAAUCUGGCCCCAAAAAUUCCAUCUGGUACUUCCAAGGAGCUGACAGACUUACUCAUGGGGCUGCUGCGGCGCAAUGCAAAGGAGCGCAUGAACUUUGACACCUUUUUCAAUCACUCCUUCCUGCAGCGUGCCGAAACACCGCAAGGUCAAAAUGAUCCCACUCAAAUACCUGGAUCGAACAUGGCUCCUUUCGGAGCGACGGGUAAAGUCAGCAGUCCACAUCAGAAAACGGCACCAAUUACAGUCCAACAACACCAGCAGAAGCUUCACCACCAUCAUCACCAUCAUCCGCAGCAACAUCAACCCAGCCAGCAGGCGGCACCACAUCACGACCAUCAGCACCAUGCUCAGCAGCAAAAGCAGCAGCAAAUGCAACAGCAGAAACAACACCAUUUGCAAGAGCUGGCAAAGAAGCAGACGGUCGAAAAUAAUAACGUGCCGAUUGCUGAAAUUGAUGACAGUGUGGCAACGAUUAGUGCAAACAAUACAUCCAACAACAGUAGUCCCGAAGAGUCGGAUGAUUUUGUCCUAGUUCCGAACAAUAUUCCGGUCGAUCCCGGCCAUGGUGGUAGCUAUGACAAGAGCAAACCAACUCGAGUGCCUCAACCGAUGUCCCAAGCUCAGGCGAGUCCACCUCGACCCAGCACGUUACCGAUCUCAGAACCGAAACCCGUCCCUACGGCUGCUAGAAAAGCGUCUCGUCCUCAGGCGCAAACACCUCCAAAGAACAAUUCCAUACCUCGGUCGGAGCCUAUCAAUAUGAAACGGUCGGAGAAUCGAGGCAGUAACUGUGAUAUCAGAUCGAUUUCACCUCCGGCUGUACAGUUCGCCAUCGGGACACCACCUUCAUGCGGCCGCCGAAGAUCGACUUCCGGUGGUUCGUUAUCGGAAACACCACCGCCACCAAGCUGCUGGACCGUAAGUCCGGGCUCGCAUCACUCUCCGUUGCGUCGUUCCGGCACUAGCUCACCGGUGAUGAACAAUGCACUAUCGAAACUGCCCGCCCUGGGUAGUCCUACCACGUUGAUGGGCGGCAUGGAGAACAACAACCAACACUAUCAUCAUGGUCAUCCACUGACAGCACGAGCCUUCACCCUGCCGGAGCUAGGCGCGGCCGGUGGGCUACAGAGCUAUUUGGACGAUCACACCAUCGAUGAUCAUCCGAUCAAUUUCCAUGCACCUGAGUUACACGCGGAAACGUUGCUGGAUCGAGAUCAUAACGAAACGCUGGCCAAGCUUAACUUUGUCGUUGCACUGACGGACUGUAUACUGGAUGUGGCCGAUUCGCGCUGUGCGCCGUUGUCCUCGAUGAUGCUAGCCGACGCACAACCGGUACCACCUCAUCAGCCAGAACAUUGCAAGCGUGCCGAACGCUUGGUACUGUUGGUGCGAGCGCUCCAUCUACUGUCUGCCGGAAUGAAUCUAGCCUCGGCGCAAAUACGGGCCGGUAAUCUGAAGCCUUCCAACAGUGUGAAAAAUGUAUUGACCACCAUGCACGCCAAGUAUCGUUCGACGUUGAUUGAAUCGAAAAAAUUGAACAGUGCCGGUUUGCUGCAGAGAGCUAAUGCCAGCAAUAUUACAGCUGAUAAAAUAAUUUUCGAAUUCGCUCUACAGAUGUGUCAAAUGGCAGCCGUGGAUGAGCUAUUCAACAAACCUUCAGAAUGCUUCCCGCGGUACCAGUCGGCUCAAAUUUUACUGCACUGGUUAGCGCAGAAAUCCAAACAUCCGCAGGAUAAGAUAUUGCUCUCGAACUAUAAAGAGGCUGUCGAAAAGCGACUUUACAUCCUGAAAGGACAAGGUUACAUCUAUACCACUGAUGAGCUCUCCUGAAUGCCUCCGUAGUGAAAAAUGUCUGCGAUCAACGUGCUGUUGACAAUGCUUACCUCUUUCUCGGAUACCCGCUGAUAAACUGAUUAAAUUUUUUGUGAUUUUUUUUAUUUUGCUUUAAGAAUUCCCUUGGAUAAAAUUAAUCGGAUAAGUUAAUCUUCGUCUCAAGCAAAAAUCGAAAUCGUGACGCCCAUUGAAUGGGAAUGCGAACAGAAAAAUAGGUACCAGAACUUUCAUUGGUAAUGAAUAUUCCGCGGUAAAAGAUGCUUUUUCAAUUAUAUUACCACGCAAAUGGAAAAAAGUUAUGAAAAAAUUAUAAUUUGUAGAAGAUUAUGGUUUGAAAUUUGAAAGCCAGCAGAACCAAGACAGAUUCAACCGAUCAUUCAACGUUCGAAAAUUGUGUGUUAUGUGCAAAUUGAACAGUGUAGUGUAUUGUAAAUAACAGCGAAACGUUUUCGAAACGUAUAGCAAAAGGGAAACCAGCAAUAUUAAGCAUCGAUAUGCUUUUGUAGCCCUUUUGCUGGAAACCCAUCGUUCGUACAGCGCUGUCCACGGUAGUUAGGCGAGAAGCGAAGUUCGAUCUUACGGUAGAAGUAGCUACCUAAGUCAAAAGAAAAACAAAGCAGUUUUUCUGCUGUGCUAGUCAACAGCAGCAAGAUGUAAUGUAAAUAACAAUGACUAUGAUUUAUCUCCACCAACCAGUACGUAAUAUAAAAACAUCCCACAUGCUUCAGAGUGUGGAAUGAGCGGGAAACGGAAAUUUUGCUUUUGCUCCGGGCACUCCAAACUCCGAAAAGCGCUAAUAUAGGCAAAUAAUUUGGAGGAACAAUUACACAUAGCAAAGAGAAUAUCAUUAAAACAAACUGUAAAAGUUUCUAAAUCGGGAUGCAUGCAAUAUAGCUGAACAAUAUAUUUCCGCAGGGGGGAAAAAGCAUUAAAUGAAAUCCAAUCCACGACACACUAUUGACAACAACAACAACAACAACAACAAAAGUUGAUAACUUGUCCGGCCUGAUUGUCGAGCGAUCGAAAAUGCUUGUUCGCUGUACAGCACUUGCUUUUGCAUCACAUUUGCAUACCGAUUGUUUUCGAUCGCGUUCCAUAACCAUUUGCUGCAUUAUAUUGGACAGGAUUUUUGUUUGUUUGAUUAACACGCUCCUUGUUAUAUUGCUGUAGCAUGCAAAUGUAUCGUAUCAGGAAUAGUUCAGAAAUGUGUAUUAUAUUAUAAAGCAAGAUGAAAUUGUGAAACAGACGAAAUCGGGUGUAUGACAUUGAGAUUCAAUAGAGAGAAAUUAGAGCAUAAGUAUGGGAAGAAAGUGUUAAACAUUUGCUGAACAUGUGCUUGUGUAUUCAAAGCUUUUCCUGCCUAUUUUUGUUUUAAAUUAACAGGAAAUCCCGUGAUGCUUGUAAAACACAAAGUAUCGUAGUACAAAAUGUGCGCAGUGGGAGAAGUGUUUGAAGGAUUGGUUGGUAUUGCUGUCUAUGAGAGGUGUGGAUCAAUACCGGUUAGUAACGGGUUUUUCAGUAAAACCGAAGUUAAUAAGCAGCUGUACAGCACGAGAACGUACUCAUUUCCUUUGUGCGUAUGUUAUCCAUCGGCUGGUACGGAAAUAGACACAAAAAGGGACUAACAACAGUUCGCAGCAAAUGUCAAAACUCUAUGGAACAAAACUAAUUAGCUUUAGGGCCAUUUUGAUCGGCAUUCGGGUGAAGUAAGUUUUGGGGAUAUGUAAAUGAACGAGAUACAAAAAGAAAGUAAUACCCCCACAUACAGCUGCUGUGCACCAUAGAGCAGUGCCCUAGUCUAAUACUGUGAGAAACGUUUAAGCACAGUUCUUCUCGACAAAGUUUCUCGUCUAGUAUUGUCAGCCAGCCGAAGAAUGUUACGAGAAAUGUAAGCUAAAAAAAAGUAUGAGAAAAUGAAUAAUAAAAUUCUAUAACCAAACCUAUAA